AAAGCAAUGGAAGGAAGGGCCUCGGAGGAGAAGGCACACGCCGUGUGCCUGCCGUACCCGGCGCAGGGGCACAUCACCCCGAUGCUCAACGUGGCCAACAUGCUGCACGCCCGCGGCUUCCACGUCACCUUCGUCAACUCCGAGUACAACCACGCCCGCCUCGUCCGGACGCGGGGCGCCGCCGCCGUAGCCGGCUCCCGGGGCUUCCGCUUCGCCACCAUUCCCGAUGGCCUGCCGGAGGCGUCCGACGACGACGUAACGCAGGACAUCCCGUCGCUUUGCAAGUCCACCACGGAGACCUGCCUUGGGCCCUUCCGCCGCCUCCUUGCCCAGCUCAAUGCCGCCGCCUCCACCGGCGAGAGUGACCACCCGCCCGUUACCUGCGUCGUCUCGGACCUCAUCAUGGGUUUCUCCAUGGACGCGGCUAAGGAGCUCGGCCUUCCAUACGUCCAGCUCUGGACUGCCAGUGCUAUCAGUUACCUUGCGUACUACCACUAUCGCCUUCUCAUCGACCGUGGCAUUGCUCCACUCAAAGAUGUGAGACAGCUGACGGAUGGGUACCUUGACACUCCGGUGGAAGACCUGCCGGGGCUGAGGAACAUGAGGCUGAGGGACUUCCCGAGCUUUAUACGCACCACGGACCCGGACGAGUUCAUGGUGGGUUACGUCAUCAAGGAGACCGGUCGCACGGCCGGCGCAUCGGCGGUGAUCCUCAACAGCUUCGGCGACCUAGAGGGCGAGGCGGUGGAGGCCAUGGAGGCGCUCCUCGUCAAUGUCAAGGUGUACACGGUCGGCCCGCUCAAUCUGGUCGUGCCGCGCGAGACGUCAUCCAUCAGCCGCCUCAGCCUGUGGAAGGAGCAGGAGGAGUGCCUUGAGUGGCUACACGGCAAGGAGCCCUCCUCCGUCGUGUACGUCAACUUCGGGAGCAUCGUCGUCAUGACCAGCGAGCAGCUGGUGGAGUUCGCGUGGGGACUCGCCAACAGCGGCAGGCAGUUCAUGUGGAUCAUCCGCCCCGACCUCGUCCGGGGCGACGCGGCGGUGCUUCCCAAAGAGUUCUUGGCAGAGACGGCGGGGCGCGGGCUCAUGGCCUCCUGGUGCCCGCAGCAGGAGGUGUUGAAUCACCCGUCCGUGGGCGUGUUCCUGACUCACAGCGGCUGGAACUCGGCGCUGGAGAGCGUGUGCGGCGGCGUGCCCGUCAUCAGCUGGCCCUUCUUCGCGGACCAGCAGACCAACUGCCGGUACCAGUGCAACGAGUGGGGCGUCGGCAUGGAGAUCGACACCAACGUCCAGCGCGACGCCGUCACGAGCCUUAUCGCGGAGCUCAUGGAUGGGGAGGGUGGAAAGAAGAUGAGGAAGAAGGCGCAGGAAUGGCGGGAGAAGGCGAUCCUGGCGGCCAUGCCACACGGUCCGUCUCAACGCAACUUCGAUGAGCUGGUCCGCGAUGUGCUCUUGGCCAAGAACUAGAUCUUUCCAUGUACAAUUCUUUUCAAAACUAGAUGAUAUCCCGCGCGCGUUGCAGCGGGAAAUAGAGAAAUAAUUUACUGGAACUAAAGAAAAAGAAGGUGAUAAGCUCAAAUAUUGAGUGGUACAUUGUAGACCAGGCACAUGAAACUGCCUCUAACCGCAUCUGAUCAAAUCACAUGUCACCAGUGGACCUGUA